CAUAUGCAUAUGGAGUGUCGAAACAAAAAUUUACUUGGUAUGGGCGUCGACGUCCUUUACCACAUUGGUCUCGCUUCCGACUCACAUGACCUCAAAAAGAUGUUUGGGGAUGUUAAGUUUGUCCUAAUGGGUGGCAGCCCGAAAAGGAUGAAGAAAAUUGCUGAACGCCUUUUAGAAGAGUUUAAGAUUGAAUUACCUUGUGGUACUGGACUUUCAAAUAUAGCUAACGCCACUGACCGUUAUGAAUUAUACAAAGUCGGACCAAUACUUUCUGUCUCCGUAAGUAUACUUUUCCUUUUAUAUCACGGUAUGGGGAUUCCUUCCAUUUCUAUUCUGCUCCACGAAAUGGCCAAACUCAUGUGGCAUGCUGGCUGCAAAGACGUUGCAUUCAUCCGACUUGGGACCUGCGGUGGAGUGGGACUCGAGCCUGGUUCGGUCGUCGUAACUACCGACUGCGUGGAUUGUGGCUUCGAAAACUUUUUGCAGCUGAAAAUCCUUGGCAAAACAGUUCAGAGACCUGCGAAGCUGGAUACUCAGUUGGUACAAGAACUGAUUGAAACCUCCAAAAGCGUAGCACAUGAUUAUACCGUCAUCUCUGGUCGAACGAUGUGUGCAAACGACUUUUACGAAGAACAGGGACGUCUCGAUGGCGCCAUAUGCGAGUACAGCGAGGCAGAGAAACUGGAAUUCCUGAAAAAAGCCCACGAUCUGGGUGUGCGUAAUAUUGAAAUGGAGUCGCUAGGAUUCGCGGCUUUCUGCCAUCAUCUCGGUAUUCGCGCUGCUGUGCUCUGCGUUACCCUUGUUGAUCGUCUGAAAAGUGAUCAGAUAAACGCGCCGCAUAGUGUGAUUCACGGCUGGCAAGAGCGUCCUCUGGAGAUCCUUAUCGCCUACAUGAAGAAACACCUCUCCAUGUGA